CUAUUUCACAGGAAAGUUUCCAAGAGGUCGAAGCUCUCGGAAAGAAUCCUGUUGGGAAAAAAAGCGCGCGCGCUCAGUUUUCGCGGUAAAUAAACGCUCGCAUAACUUCUCACAAGACACAUCGCAAAUAGAAGCACCGCCCCCCAGUUCCUUCAACAUCGACCUAGUCGUGCUGCGCCGCCACGGCCGGCCGGCCGCCCGGCCUUCUGCCCAGGUCCUCAGCCUGCUGCCUGGCCUUCUGCUCAGCUGGUCAUCUCCUCGGCCGGCCUCCUUGCUUCUAUUCCUCCAUAUAGGAAGUCCAGCAACAAGGUACGAGGCAACUCCAAAAGCCAGAUCCGAUCCUCCUUUGCUUCCCAUGAUUUCCCAUGAAUUUGUAGGUAUUAUACACAUAGAUUAGAUUGAUUUGCUUAGUAUUAGUUUGCAACCUGCUGUAGAUUCUCUCUGAUUUUUUAGAUCGAGCUUGUUAUUUCAGGAUUUGGGGAUUUUCUUUGCAGCUAUUAGGUAAAAAAAUAAGAGGUCUCAGAUUUGACUAAAUUCUCAAUUCACUAUGUAUUUGCUAAUGUCUAGCUCGUUUAUUUAGCAAUUGAGUUGCACGACUGUGUCCUGAUGGUACCCAUAUUUUUACUUUUCCUCUGGUUCUUUGGCACUGUAUGAGCAGCAUGAGCUUAUUUUCUUAUAACUAUUGGAUCAUCACGUGGUAAUUUUUUUGUCUGCACAAGGCACUAAAAUUUCCCUUUUCAAGGAUUCUAUUCCGAACAAAUAUCAUUUGUGCCCUGUAAAAAUUGUAUGCCAACAAUAUGAUGCAUGUAGAUGGCUGAUCGACGUUGCUUGUCUGAGCGACAAGGCCAUCAUCUGCAAUCAAAUGGUGCAAUUGAUCUUGAAGUUGAUGGUGGGACUACAGGUCUUCAUCCAGAAAUAGGAAUCACAAAAGGUAACUCUCGAGCCAAAUGGAGUCACCAAAUGAAGCUGUACCUUAUUAAACUCCUAAAAGAUCACGAUGUGCCUGGUUUUCGGACACAGAAUGCUUGGAGCAAGGAGGCAUGGAAUAAUAUUCUUCAUCAACUCAAUCAAAAGUUUGAUCAGUCAUUUACUCUCAACCAAGUCAAACAGAAGGAGCAAGAUCUGAAGAGAGACUAUCGUACUGUGAAAAAGUUGUUGGAUGUAAGUGGCUUUGGAUGGGAUAAGGACAGAAAAAUGGUAGACGCACCUGAUAGUGUUUGGGCAAGCUUUACUGCUCGUACGAACAGCAAGGAUGCUCUCCAAUGGAAAGAAAGAUCAUUUCCCUUUUAUGAAGAAUUAGCUCCACCCUAUGAAGGUCGUUAUGCUGAAGGGAGAACUCGCCAAGGCAUGGACCAUUAUACUAGCAAGAGGAAGUAUGCACCAGUUCCCUUGUCACAGUUGACACAGAUGGCUGAUCUCGAUCAAUCACCAUCACCUACUAUGCCGGUUACCGGCGAGUCGGACAUGUGGUUUACUUUAGAUGAAGAACUUGAGGAAACCAACUUGGAUUCUCCCCCGCAUCUAUCUACACCUAUUCAGCAUGUGCAAGCCCCUCCAAGAUCGACACAAAUGGAGAAACAUGACACUAGGCGUGGGAAAAAACAGAAGCAUAGUGCUACUGAUGACUUCCAUGAGAAGUAUUUAAAACUGAAGAAGGAAGAAAUUGAUCGAUUUGCUGCCAUUGAGGAGAAGAAGCUAGAGGACCCCUACAACAUCAACAAGUGUAUCACAACAAUUGAAGGCUUGGAAGGUCUACAACUAGGAGAUAUGCUGAUGGCAUCAGAUAUCUUCAAAUGUAAGGAGAACAGGGAAGUUUUCUUGUCCUACUCUACUAAUGAACUACGGUUGGCUUGGCUUAAAAGAGAGAUUGCACGUGCCCAAACAAAUGAUCAAAAUUAGCCAUUGUGGUGGACUGGUGGUGAUCCACUAUGAUCAGAGGUCAUAUUUUAGGGAAGCUUUUGGUCUGUGGGUGUCAUAUACUUUUGUCUAGUUAAAUUGGUAAUAGAACUGACCAUGAUGGUUUAGUA